CUCGCGAGUUGUCAGUUUUCACUUUUCACACCUGGAUUUUCUGAACAGCGUUUGAAUGUUCCAGCAGAUAGUUCAAAAUAUUCGAUUAUAUAACAAUCACUCGUACUAUCACCUAACGAAAGUGUAACGCUUGAAUUAUGGCGGAUGAUAAUUCUUGGAAAACACCGAGCUUUCGACAAAGUGUUGUCAACAAAAUUAAUGAAGCUAUCCAGCAAUCCGGGUUGACAUCCAGCAAAAAUGGGCUCGAAAUGGAGAAUCAUGUUUUUACUAAAGCUCGCAACAAGGACGAAUAUCUUGGCUACGUGGCUCGAUUGAUACUUCACGUUCGUGAAAUGAAUUCCAAAAACAAAAAUCAGCAGAAUGUGGCCGGCUCAAAUCAAGAUGGUGGUAAUCCUGGUCAACAGGGUGGAAUGCCUGAUCCUAUUAACGCUCUGCAAACGCUGGCAUCUCAAGGUACACGACCGCAAAUGAUGGGUGGACAAAUGGGGCCGGGUGGUCCCAUGGGAGGGCAAAUGGGUGCUGGCAAUGCAUCCAACCUGCUACAGACAUUGAACCGUCCGCAGAUGCCAAUGACGGGUGGUAUGGCUGGAAUGCAAGGAGCCAGCCGUGUAGGCAUGGGAGGACCUAAUCAAAUGGGCGGCAUGAUGUCAGGCCAGCCUGGAAUGCCGAAUCAGAUGGUUGGCGUCAUGGGCCCUGGUGGUAUGAGUGGAGGAAAAAUUGUCGGUAUUGGCAACCAGGGACAAAUGGGCCAAAUGAAUCCAAUGCAAAUGCAAAAUCAGAUGGGUGGAACUGGUAUGCAGCAGGGGCAACAACAGAACCAGCAGCAACCCGGACAGCAACAGGGAACCGGUCCGGGUGGUUCCAAUCAGAUGAAUCCAAUGGGUGCGAUGGGAGGAAUGCAAAUGAACCCUGGCGCACAGAUGAACCAGAAUACUAUGAACCAACAAUUGAAUUCCGCUGGUAUGAAUCAAGGACCUGGUCAAAUGAGUGGUAAUAGUCCUAUGGAUAAUAUGGGCGUUGGACCAAAUCAAGUUAUUCGACAACAAAUGCCGCCAGGAAUGAAUCCCAAUCAACAACAAAUGAAUAUGGCAGCAGGACAGAUGAAUCAAAUGAAUCCAGGUGUGGGAGGACCUGGAGGAAACAUGUCCCAGAUACAGCAACAGACAGUUGCUCAGCAACAAGCGCAAGCGGGUAUGGGAAAUAUGGGACCCGGUAAUUUACAACAACAAGGUAAUCAGCAACAGUCGGGACAAGGUGUGCCCAAUGUUGGUUCCGGGCAGAUAAACGCUGCAGGUAUGGGUCCUGGGGGAAAUAUUCCCGGAAACCAAAUGGGCGGUUCGCAAGCAAACUUUGUUCCUAUUGGCGCUAAUUCUAUGAUACGGAAACCCCAGGAUAUGAUGAGCGGUGGUCAGGUUUAUCCUGGUGGAGCGGUGCGAAGUGUUACACCAAACCAAUUUUUACGUCAAUCACCGUCUCCAUCAGUACCGUCGCCAGUUGGGCCAGGCUCCAUGGGACCACAAUCACAUCCAGGGCAAAUGAUUCCAAGUCCGGCAUUGAUUCCUUCUCCUAGCCCACAAAUGGGAAGCGUUCCUCCUAGAAACAUUGGACAAUCUCCCGGUUCUAAUUUGAAUACACCUGGUCAACCAGGAGGAGCCGCUCCAAGUCCCUUAAAUCCUCAGGAAGAACAGUUGUACAGAGAAAAGUAUCGCUCAUUGACAAAGUACAUAGAACCACUUAAGCGUAUGAUUGCAAGAAUGGAAAAUGACGACGUUGAUAAGAUUGGUAAAUUAAAACGAUUACUUGAAAUCCUUUGCAAUCCGACCCGGCGCAUUCCACUGGAAACGCUAUACAAGUGUGAAGCGGCUCUUACCAGCCAGCUCGGCUCGAUGCGUGAAACAUCACUUAACAAUCCGCUCGUUGAAGCCGUCUCUGCCAAUCUGCAAAGUUCUCUUGGAAACCAUACACUUCAACGGACAUUCCGGCCUUGUCUAGAGGCUUUGUUCGGUCCCGACAUCAAAAAUUUACCGACUCCCGCUAAACAACCACGGCUAGCGAUCGAAGAGUCGAUGGGUUCAAGUUCCAGCGGUUCACAGGAAAUUCCGCACAUAUUGCAAGGAGAAAUAGCCCGUUUGGAUCAAAAAUUCAAGGUCUCCCUGGAUCAGUGCGCCGUUGGAGGUACCAAAACCAUAAAGCUUAUUUGUUGGUUGGAUGACAAACACCUUCCGUGUGUUCCGCCGGUUGCCGUUACCAUUCCGGAGGAUUACCCAUUCAUUUCGCCUAGCUGCACUCUAAUCGAGCAGGAGUACAAUGCAACUCCGUUUCUGAUUCAGGUGCAGAAGUCUUUUCUGGCCAGAAUCUGUAAGCUGCCGGAAAUGUUCUCGCUGUCGCAUCUGCUGGACGCCUGGGAAAUGUCGGUUCGCCAGGCUUGCGCUCCCAAUCCCAGCCUGGUGGCCCCCAGCGCCACCAGUGUUCUGCUCGGUAUGUAACGGCUAGGGGUAAGUGAUUGCUUUUUUGAGUUUUUUACUUUGAUGUUCUGAUUUGAUUUUCUACAUUGCGGAUACGCAAUUAACUAGUGAACUUGAAGAAAUAAAUUUUGAGUAAGC